AUGUGGCGAAAUGAGCAGGCCGAGCCCCGAGCACCGCCAGAGCACCGCGAGCUAGCGCGAGCUACGUACCGCGAGAGACCGCGCACACUUACUCCGCGCACCCGCCGGCUUCGGCUUCGACUGAUCCCCGACGCUUUCUGACGCUUUUGCUCUCCGACUCUCAUCUUUCUCAUCUUCUCACUCUGUACUCUCUACUCUCCACUCUCCACUCUCCACUCUCCAAUCCUCCGUUCCUGCUGACUCAUUUUCCUAUCACAGGUGAGCUCUUGGGUGCUGCAUGGCUAGCAUUCUCCUCACCGACCCUGUGCAUGCUGGAUGUAUGCGCGCCUGCCCGCGGGUUGAGGACGUCACCUGACAUGAUGCGACCGCGCCGGCCCCGUGCAUACUCGAGCUUGAGUUGCGAGCAGUUCUGACCCUGAACGCCCUUCCGACUCCCUUGUCACCGCACAGACAAACAACAUGGGCAUAUUUGACCUCGAAUCGCAGUUCACGUUCUACGUAAGCCACCCUUUAAAGCACUGUCCCGUUGAUUCAGAUUAGCUGAGAGCUGAUUGGCGCUUCAACUUCCGCGUGAUAUGCAAAGGGGUCCUACCAUACCAACAAGGUAGACCAAAGUCAUCGUUCUUCUGGAUGUUCCUCCUACUGAACCCCCUUGUCCAUCCGCCGCUAGAUCAAUGUCCUAAUUCACAUCGUCUGCGUGCCCAUGAUCCUCUUCACCGCGCUCAUCCUCACCCACGGCCUGUCGAACCACACCUUCUUUCGCUUCCAAGUCCCUCUCCCCGCUCAACUUGGCUUUGGGAAGGAGAUUGACGUUCGAGCGACUUUCCCAUUCCUCUAUGCCGCCGGUAAUGCCCUCUACUUCACUAUUCUCGAACCCGUCGCUGGUGUGAGUGGUUGAGCAGAGUUUUUCUUUCAAUCGCAUGAUUCUGGCGAGACCGAGCAUUAUCACUGACCCGAGAUACACUAUUCAGAUGCUCUAUGCUCCCGUAUUGUUGACGAUGGGUCACAUGUCGAACGUGCUCUACGACACGCGAAGUGAUGCGAUGCAAAAGGCGACUGUCGUCUUUGUCGCGUCCUGGAUCGCUCAAUUCAUUGGCCACGGCAAGGUAGGAUUGUCUUCUUCGCUACACCAAUAUACUGAGGACUGACGGAUGAGUUCGUUCCUACUGGGAUGUGCAGUUCGAAGGCCGUGCGCCAGCGCUCUUCAACAGCUUAUUCCAAUCCCUCGUGCUCGCCGUAAGUUUUCUGUGAUCAGGGUCAAUCUUGGCUCUUGCCCCUGCAGCCCAUUCAUCAUGGCACACCUUUUCACAUCCGCAGGUCUUCUUCGUCUGGCUCGAACUCCUCUUCUUUCUCGGAUAUCGACCCGAACUGCACAAGAAGUUGCAAAAUUCGAUCGGUCGUUCGGUGCUCGCUUAUCGCCAGAGCCUCAAGAAGGGAAACUGA